AUGACACAAAAGCCCGUCCCAGUUGUUGCCGGUAUAGUGUACAACGAUCCUAUGUACAUCGUCACUUUGAUCGCUCGUGGCCCAGCCACAGUGUUGCUCUUCUUCAUCACAUUCGUAGUGACCCUCAUUUUCGACGUGACUGGCGGUCUCUUGGUUGGCGUGAUCGGCUGUCUGUUGGCGUUAACAGAAAAGCAACGAAAUUUGGAGCUGGUUCCGUUGGUCCAUGUGCACGGGACCGAGAUCUUUUUGCCAGAUAAUCGUAAAUUCAAAACAACAGAGAAUGAAAACUUCGCUCCUGGCAAACAUUUAACACUGCCCUGUAUCAUGACAUUUCAACUGACGGGAGCUUUGAAUUUUGCCUCAGGCGAACAGUUGAAUGAAAAACUGAAGAAGUUGAUUAUACAACAACAGCACAAAGUCAAAGAUCAAAUUUUACGAAAGAAAUCCCUAAUGAAUCAUUUGGAUUCGGUGCGCAAAGCUGACGACAAAUCGGCGGAAAUGAUGCCAAACCAAGCGCUGAUGGAUGCUUCCGGACCGGAUUAUGUGUCGCCAACACCAUGUGUUCCGCCAACCCUAUGUGUGCCAUCAACCGCACGUGCGCCCCCAACUAUUUGUGAUGAGAUCUCAGCUGGUCGAGUGAGAAGGACAACCUCAUCCGGGAGCCAGAGGAGUUCGGAACAGAAUGGGCCCGUGAAUGACUCGCAUUGGUUGAAAUCGACCACCACGGAAAUGCUGGACGAAACUGAUGAUGGAUCGUGUGUUAGCAUUCUGACCUUGGAUAAACCGCAAUCUCCCGCGGUUUCGGGCGCGUGCAUUACAAUUGACGAGGAGAGCACACCGAAAGCAUUCCUGCUGAUCGAUAUUACCGGGAUGACCCACAUCGAUCCGACGGGGUUGGAAUUUUUACGAGAAUCCCACAAUGAGUUGUUCAAUGAACAUAUUUGUAUGGUCUACGCUGGAGGUGAGUGUUCUGAAUAG